UAAAAGCAGUGCUAGUCUGGUUUUGACUUUGAAAACGUUCAGUCAGUCGGUCGCGGUGCUUCUUGGCGUUCGAACCGCGCGUCUUGUCGACGGAAUUCGUUGUCAGCAGAAAUUUAUGGAUUUACGUUGAUUUUACUGAGAUAAACAAUCAAAGAGAUGAGCUGUUCCGGGAUUAAUGGACGGGUCCUGCUCCAAGUGGAUUAGCUAGAGCUCGAGUUCUGGCAGCGCACCAAAACCUUCUCUCUUGGAGCAGCUCAGCAGCACAUUUCAAGAUCCGAUGCCAACGUGGAAUGGAGAAUGAUGAGCAGGGCUGCACGUGUGGUCGCGCGUCGACGUCGACGCCGGUGGCGCUGCGGCUGCGACGCCCGGCCAAGCACGGCACCUGGCUGCUGCUGCCGGUGUGCAUAUUCAUGGCGUCUCUGACGGUGACGCUGGCCAUGUGUCCAGCCCGCUGCACGUGCCGCGACGACACGCUGCAGGCCCUUUGCACAGACACCGGCCUCGAGUUCGUGCCAAUCCAGCUCAACCCCGACCUGCGACUCAUCGACCUGCGCGGCAAUCGCAUCAGCAACGUCGACUACACGUUGCGCAUCUACCAGCACCUGCACACCCUCGACAUGUCGCACAACAAGAUCGGCUACCUCGGCAAACACAACUUCGAACUGCAGGAGCAUCUCAUCUUCCUCAACCUCAGUCACAACCUAGUCUCAACUGUCAAAAAGGGCGCGUUCAAAGGCCUCCGCUCUCUGCGAGUUCUUGAUUUCAGCUACAAUGAAAUCCAAGAACUUGAACAAGGCUCUCUACACGAAACCAAGCAGCUUGAAAUACUCGACCUGUCACACAACAAAAUCACCGCUUUCCAUGAUGACACCCUAUUCAAGAAUCUAGAAAAACUCAGAGUGUUGUCACUAGAUAGCAAUCAAAUCUUAGAUGUGCCUGGUGCAGUAUUCAAAAACCUCCCUGUUCCUUCCCUCGAAAUACUAGACCUCUCAGACAAUCUAAUCGAGAAUCUAGACGAAAAUGCUUUCCCACCAGUGAUAUUCAGGAAUGUAAAACUGAUGAACUUGAGUGAAAAUGUGAUAUCAGACAUUCACAGUUCGUGCUUUAAUCCGUUACACGCGCUCACAUCUCUCGACCUGGGUUACAACAACCUCACAUCAGUGCCAACACAACAAUUGGCAAAGUUGAACUUGUUGAAUGAGUUGGAUUUAAGUGGCAAUGCGUUUAGGACAUUGCAACCCGUAGCGUUUCAAAGUUUGUUUCAGAUGAAAGUGCUUCGUCUAUCAAGAAUGCCGUACCUGCAGCAAAUCGAUGCGAGAGCAUUUGUCGACAACAUACACCUCGAGAGGAUUGUGAUGAAUGAGAAUCGAUUGGUUAGAUCACUGCCAAAAAGGGUCUUCCAUGGCAAUCCUCAUUUGAUGCAUAUUUCGUUGAGAGACAACUCUAUUUCGACACUGGAUGCUUCGUUUUUUCCGUUAGAGCGUUUGAGGUCGUUGGAUGUCUCUGGCAAUCCGUUCAACUGUAACUGUUCGUUGCUGUGGCUGUGGGAGUUGGCCGAGCAGGAAAGUAAUAGGGAGAUUUUGUCAGAAGCUACAAAUGAAACAGUGGGCAGCAACGAAGAACCUGUUGUGAGUUUGAGUGUAGAAGAGUUGAGAUGCGAUCAGCCAGAAGCUCUGCAUGGAGUUCUGCUGAGUGAAGUGCCGGAAUCGGCUGUGCGCUGCGAGGCGACGUGGACGAAUGUGGCAGUUGUGACGUCAUUUGUGAUGGCACUUUUCGCUGCCUUCUGCAUAGUUCUGCUGCUGAUUGGCACGGAGCGGCGCUCGUGGACCUGCGGCAGGGACAAGGAACAGAGCCACGUGUCAGCCGCGGAGACGCAGCGGCUGGCCGCAGGGCCCAUGCCGCCACCCAUGGUCAUGCUCAUGCCUGACAAGCCCGCCUACAUGGAGCCCUGGCCCAACAUGUCUGUCAAAAACGAGUAUAUGACUGCCAGGAAAGCGCCGCACAUCGUUUAUGUCUGAAUUGGUCAGCUCGCUUCUUGAGACAAAUAUAAUAAUAUGUGACACUAAUUUACAAGUUAGACUGUGAGCUUUAUUGUUGACGUAUGUUUGUAAAGGCUAGGUCUAAUGGAUCAGCUGUGAUUGUUGAGAGGAAUGGAAUGAUUAUUAUAGGAAUGUAUUAUAUCACAGCCUCUUCUAAUAAGACAUUACUGUGAUCAUAAUAAUAUAAGAAACAUAUUAUGAGCACUAGUCCGUUUCAGUUUCUUCAUUCAGUCGAGUCGAACCAGCUUUUAUUCUUCAAUAUGAAAUAUAAUUUCCAACAUUAUUAAUUAUUCUAUGGAUAUUGAAUUGAUUCUAUUCCAUGGAGUAAGAAUAGUCAUUUUGCAUAGAGUUCGAGCUCAGUUCAGUUCAGUACAAACCUUCAUGCUUUUUCAGGCAAACCAAAAUUUAACUAAUAAAGCAAAACCUCGGUAUGGUAUUCAAUUAUCAUUAAUUCUGGAUGAAUAUCAAGCUCCAACAAUUAUUAAAAACAUAGACUUUGCAAAACGAACACCAAACCAAAAUUUUUUCCUGUUUCUUGAAUGUUUCUAUGCACAAAAAUAUUCGAAUUAUUACAAGAGCACACAUUCCAUUUCUAUCAACAAUCUUCCUAGAAGAGUCAAGUGCACUUCUACCCUGCUGAGUCCAAAGGCCAUUGGAAGCAAUAUUUAAAAAAUAAUUAAUGGAGUCUAUAAUGCAUUUCAGUCGAUAUAAGUUAGUACAGAACAGUUCUUGGAUUGACAAAAAGUGAAUAAAUUAAAUGUGCGUGAAGUAUAAUACAAUGCUAGAAUCUAUUAUGCCACAUGGGAGUGAAGAUUGGGUCUUGCGGAAUGUUGUUACUGUACUCAUCACAUCCAAAACAAUAUUCAUCGUUCACUCACUCAAAAUUUUAAAGACUUCUGAAAUUUCAACGAUGAGAAAUAAGUUGCAGCAAGAAUAUUAAUAAGCAAUGAUAGAGAAAAAAACUCAAUGAUAGCUCUGGUAUAUGUUAAUUCUUUUUGCACCGCAUCUCCAUUCAAUUUCAUUUCUAGUCAUCAUUAGUAAAGAAAUAAACAACUCAUAAUUAUCAAGAAUGGAAAUCAAGAUUCUACUAUUUUUCAUCUUAUAUCAAUAUUGAGUUGAUUUCCAGCGGUUUUUCAAGUGGUGAUGGUGUUCAUGAAUAGUAAUAACAUUUCGCAUAUCGAAUUGAACUCAGAUUGGUGAACAAAUUCAUCCAUUUUGCAAUAAGGGGAGGUGAAAAAGUAAGAAAUAUAUAUUUUUGUUAAAGUGUGAAUAUCUCGGUAUGUUAUUUCAGUACACUAUAGAUAGUAUAUUUAUUAUUCCCAAUGGAGUACUUCACUUAAGUACGUAUGAAGUAAUAGUAUUUGGUGAAUUUAUAUUUAUAGUUAUAGCCCAAUCAGUCCAGUCAAAUAUUACAUGCAACCUGCAAAAUAUGUAGCUUCUCAUUUUAUUAGGACAUGAGUUCUCGAAUUCUCAGAUCUUUCAGCCUAGUUAUCCCCAUAAACUUGGGUUUUCAAACCUCAAGGAUAUUACUAUUUCUGAUGCCAGUUGAGUUCUAGAUCAUAAUAUAAAUAUAUGAGUAACUACACUCUUCGCAGGUUGUAGCCCUCUUUGUAUAUGAUUUGACCGGGCUGAAUUAUAGUGCGGCAAUUGUGAUUUUGUGCAAUACGUAUGCAAAGGAAACGCCAGUUAUAAAAUUUAAUUCUGAAUUGUUAUACACUCAUAUUGACUUCAAUUUGACUAGAAUUUUUCUACUUCUUGAUAUUUGUCAACAAGUAAAUUUUAAAAGAUGCUGUUAAAACUUCAUGGCAAGCUAUUUUCUUAUAUUUGUGUGUGUCAUUCUGAGUUAAUCGGAUUUAUGCUUUUGAUUAGCUGAAUCCCAGUAUGUGAAAUCUCUGAAUUUUUGAUUAUUCUCAAUCAAUCGCAGUAAAAUAUGAAGAAUGAAUCACAGUAUUUCUAAUCAACAGGGAUCAAUUUAGAAUCAGAAGAUGAUAUUAGUUCCUCAGAGUAAAAUUUGUCUUGAGCAUGCUUCUCAAAUUAAAUCUUCUUGAACUGCUAUUCCCCAGAUUUUAGGAAAAUAUACUCUCAAUAACUAUAAUUAUUUGACGUUCUCAAAUAAUUAAAAAAGAUGGGUUUUCGUAGCUAUAUAAUAUUAUUCAUUUGAUGCUAAUAUACCUGUUUCUAAUUGUUUUGAUAAUGAGUCAUUGAGCUCGUUAUUUGGAUGAGCAUGAUAAGAGAAUCUUUUCAAAUUUCUGGAAAACGUGAUGUAUGCUUCUCCAACUAACCAAAUCAAGUUUAGACAUUUAACAUCAAUCAUUUAAUUUUUCCAAUUAUGAGACAUGUUGUUUUUGAGUCAUAUUCGAUGUCACAUCGCUUAGAUAUCAUACAAAUGAAUACAUUGCAAUAUAAUUUGAAGCAUGAUUUCAAAUUAUGCAUCGAAAUCGCAUUUAGAGGAGCUGAUGUCAAACUCAUUUGAUAACAGAUCACCUUCCAAAAAAGUUGAAUGAAUAAUAUAAUCGUAGCCAAACUACUCUAUCACUUGUAUCUAUGAUCCAAAUUUUUCUAACUAGGAUAAGACUGUAAUGUGCAGUAUUUAUCAUUCAUCUGUGAGAAGAUGUUUAUGUAAUUGUAAUUUUUAUGAAUUAUGGAAAAAAAUGAAUAUAAUUCACGUGAAGACUGAUGCCUUUGUUAUGUCUAUUAUGGAGGUUAUAGAAUAACUUUUUAAAUGUGUACAUUGUACAAGUAAUAUAUCGGAACUUGAGUUUUGUGAAAUAAGAUUGUAGUUAUUAUCCAUCCUGAAAUGAACAUAAGAAGAAACUGCGGAGUUCCGUUGUUCAAAUUAUGUAAUGAAUUGUUUGUUAUUCUAUGAACAUUGUUUGAAUUUUAUUUACCAUUAUCAAAAUAAAUUCUUGCUCGAUUUUUUCCAUUUA